CCGAAAGUUAAUUCAAACCAUAAUUUGGCCAUCAGCAGCACUGGCUCAGCACGGACCUGCUUGCUAAAAUUCAGCGCAUGUCAAUCAACAGCAAUUCUGAGUGUGGAUCCUUUUAUUACUAACAUUGGACCCCAGACCGGACUGCAGAGCUGUUCAGACUCUGCUUUAUGUUACUCUCCUGGCUCCAUCUCUCACAAUAUUUGUGCAUGCAGGCCCAGACUCUAUUUCAUGCAUUGCCUUAGCAUCCCCGGGAGAAGAGUCAAAAGAUCAAAGAUUCUCUGUUUCUUAUGAUCUUCGAGAUUUUUAUUGCGGCAAAAUACUGGCUCCUUGCACAUUCUAUUAGUAUCAAGCGCCAUGAUAUCUAGUCAAGAAUAGAACUUAGCACUCCUUGGUUCAUUCAAUCAUCACUGCACAAGGGAGAAAGAAAUAUAAGAGAUGCCUCACCACCAACUCAUUCUCAAUAACCCUCUCAUCCUCACUCCUUAUCUGGCCUUUCCUGGCCCACGGAUCACUGUUCUUUGAACUUUGUGAAAUGAUUAGAGAUUUCUCUGCAGCCUCAUCCCACAACAGCCUCACUCCUUGCAUGAUGCUCGUGGUGCCUCAACAUCUGCCUGCCGACAACACAUCCAUGACUUCAAGCUUUGAGCCUAAAUUUCAAUUGGCUAUUAUCAUUGAAGUAUCUUUCGAGUUCACUGAGACUGCAUCAGAAGAGCCAUGUGACCCAUCCUAUUCUUGCUCUGUCUUGUUGAACAAUGCCAAUUGGUUUGAAGAUGGUAAAAACUGGUAUUACCAUGUACUUCAUAUUCUUUUGGCUAAUUACCUGCAGCAUCGGAGGCUAUAUGCUUACCUUCGCCGAAAAUUUGAGAUCCUGGUUAUGGCGACUUUACUUUGGUCCGAGUGAGGUAUUCUAUGAUGGCAUUGUCGUGCUUCCAGGGAGGGAUGUGGUGUAGCUUCCUGAGAGAAUUGGGUAGAUUUUACUGACAACAUACAUUCUUUCAAUUUCUUUUGUCAUUUGGCUAGCAGCUGCACACAUACAUCUUAUUUUCUUGCUUUCUUUGUAUCAUCGGGUUUCACAUUGGAAAUAUAUAAGGUCAACAACAUCCCAUUGUUUCUGUAGCUUUUCAAGAACAUUCUGCUUCAGUUUUCUGGUCUUUCAAAUUGAACCAUAU